CCAUCCAACCAAAAGGCUUUCGAGGCCGUAUCUCAGUUCAAAAAAAAAAAAGGCUGGAGAAGAAGCCCCAUUAGUACCUCUCCCACCCACCAUUUCGGGCGGAAACCCUCAUCUUCUCCUUCCCCGUCUGGAUGGAAUCCACCGCCGCCGGCCGAUCUGAUGCUCCUCUCCCCCCUCGUCGCUCCCGUCGGGUGAAGACCACCACCUCCUCCUCCCGGGCUUCUCCCGAAUCCAAUAAAAGGAGACCACAUGCUCAUAUUACAAAGCGAGGACGAGGAAGAAAGCGACCUCACCAUGCCGUGCGACCUUGCUCCUCCAGCCACCCCCCCCCUUGGGGAGGAAGAGCGCACGCACGGCUGCGGCGGCGGCGCUCAGUACCAGCGAAGAUGAGCACCCUGGCGGAUCACUUCCAUUUCCUCCCCCCGGCCCUCAGAUCCAGAUCCAGAUCAAGACCAGCCAUUUGGCUUCGGAGCCAAAGAAACGUCAGAGGCUCCUCCGGCGCCCUUGCUCCAGCCAGCCCCCCAGUCAUUGGGGGCCGAAGCGCGCGCGCACCACACAGCCCCGCUGCCGCCCUGCUCUUCCUGAUAAUAACUGGAGGGACUGGGCUAAUCUUGACGAUGGCCCGUUGGGGCUGAUUGCUGAGCUCGUCCUUGCCUAUGAUGUUGCCGACUACCUCCGCUUCCGUGCCGUUUGCUGCCCAUGGCGACGUUGCUCUGUUGACCCACGCGCCCAUGGUGGUCUGGACCGCCGGUUCCAUCCCCGGCGGUGGACCAUGCUCCGGGACGAACUCGUGGCGCCGGAAAGCCGCUGCUUCCUCAACACAUCCACCGGCGAGUGUGUAAAGGUCUGCAUAGCAGAGCUCCAUGACCAUGAGCUGCUCGCAGUCACCCCCGAGGGCCUUCUUGUUCUUCUCCACGACCGCAACCAUGUCCGCCUCCUCAACCCGCUCACCCGCCACCUCACAAAGCUCCCUCCGCUCACCACGCUGCUGCCCUCUGAGGACCAUGGUAUGUUUGACGAAGAUAGUGACGACAUGGAUUUUAUUGCGUGGGGCUCUGGUAUUGCCAGUGAUGAUUCUACAUUCGUCCUCUGCUUCGACAUGCUCCAACUGCUUGGCACGGCCAAGCCCGGCGACGACCACUGGACUUUGCUAAAAUACAACAGUGAUGGCAUCACAGUGGCACCCUUAUUGUUUGAAGGCAGCUUCUACUGCGUUAGUGACGAUGGUGUCUUGGUACUCAAAAUCGGCGCAGAUCAGCCACCACGGCUGGAGGUGGCUGCCAAGAUGGAAGACAUGCGUGUCUCGCGGAUUGCUGAUAGUGUGCACCUCAUCAACAAUUGUGGGGAGCUGAUGCUGGUGCACCGUCGAAGGGGAUUGACAGCAGAUAAUAAAUCAGGUUCUUGGUAUGACACAUAUCGAGUGGAUUUGGACACCAGGACACUAUUUCUGGCCAAUAGCUUUGGCGGUGACGCAGGGCGUGCAGUGUUCAUUGGCAUGCAUUGCUCUCUUUCAAUCUCUCUAGAGGCUUUCCCCACUGGCUCCAUAAGCGCCGACACCAUCUACUUGAGCAUUGAUGUUGGCGAGAGAGAGCGGUUAGAAGUUGGAGCAUUUCAUCUGGCAGAUGGAAGCAUAGAACGCCCCAGCACAUACAGCGGUGGCUUGGUGGCACGGCCUCAUACUCUUGCUGACUGUCUAUCCUUAGCAAAUGCUGUAUUAUAGCUAGAGUUAAUAUUUAGCAGGCAUGUAUAUGCAAUGUGUACUCUUUUAUCCCAAUUUAGUUUAGGUAGUGUUUGAGUGCAUGUAUCUAGACCAGAAAAGAAGUGUGUGCACUGCAGUCUCUUGCAGUACAUCCAUAUUUGAUGGAAAUCUCUGUUGAAAGUAACCUAUUCUCUUUGAUGGAAUA